AUGACCGCUGCAAACGAAACAGCUUUAAAGCUGAAUGAGACACUUGGAACCCCAGACAAGCCGCUGGACAAAAGCCUUCAAGAAUUGCAGAGGGAUGUUGACAGAAUGAUGGCAUUGCUCAGGAAGAGAAAGCUGGAUGCCCAAGAGAAGGCAGCCCAAGAUGAGCUAGAAGCAGCAGAAGCCCUCUUAAAGAGAGUGAAUAAACUGUUUGGAGAUCCUAGGAAGAGAACAGAGGAGCUCAAAAAUGAAGUCCGAGACAAGCUGGCAGACUACCAAGAUAAAGUUGAUGAUGCUCUAGACCUGCUGAGAGAAGCAACCAACAAAAUUAGGGAGGCAAAUAGACUAUCUGCAAUCAACCAAGGAAAUAUGACAUCUGUGGAGGAAAAGAAGCAAGCUUUAGAAGAUGGACGACAGGCGGUCGAAAACACUCUAAAAGAAGGAAAUGACAUCCUUAGUGAAGCUAAUGACCUUGCAAAUGGAAUCAAUUUAGCUGUGGAG